AUGGAUAUGUCUGCAAGAAACCAAUCUAGCCGGCAGGGGCAGGGUGUCCACCUUUGCCAGGUCUACCCCACUUCCGAGGACGAUACCAAAACAGACAUCGAUAUCAUUGCCAUUCAUGGUCUCGACACAAAGUCGCCGGACACGUGGGUAUGGAAAGACCCUAAUGACCCCAAAAUGCAAGCCAACUGGCUAGCCGAUCCGGAUAUGCUGCCUGAGAAGGUAGAACGGGCUCGGAUUUUCUAUUGCGACUGGCCAGCAAGGCUUUUCAACCAACAAAACACGAUCGAUUUGACGAUCACAGAGCUUGCUAGGUGUCUGUUGCUGGGUAUUCACUCUCGACCUGCGGCAGACAGAAAUCGACCUCUUCUGUUCAUCGCCUCGUGUCUAGGUGGCGUCAUCCUCAGUCGGGCCCUAGUAAUGGCCGCCGAGCCCGACAGUGAAUAUGCUUCCCUCUGGACAUCAACGGGGGCAGUGACUUUCCUCGCCACACCGUUCAGAGGCACUGCAUUUCAGGACAUAGCUAGGGCAGGAGUCGCUUUUUUAAAAAGCUACGCUAUGGUCGCCGACAGAGUAGUGACUGAACUUCUCGAUAGCGUUACUGUAUCGACAUCCUUUCUUGAGGACCUUGUGGGAGAUUUCACGCGGAUAUGUCAGAAACGGGAUCAACUCUGCCAGUUAGCAAUCUUCUAUGAGACAGAAAAAGGCAACCUGUUACGCAAGGCUCUGCCUUUGCCAAUAUUUGCGGACAUUCUGAACAGGCCAAAGAUGCUUGUUGAUAGUGGCUCCGCCCGUCUCGACAUGGUCCCAAAUCCAAUUCCACUUAGGCGGACCCAUAUUCUGAUGAACAAGUUCUAUGGCCCUGACGAUCCGGGUUAUGUUGCUGUUGCGGGAAAGAUUCAACUUCUUAUUGAUGAGAUUUGUGAGGCGUCUCCGCUCAAGAGAGCGGACAACUGGAUACGCGAUGAGUAUACUGCCGACAGACUCGAGAUUGAACGACUUUCGGGUGAGCCUUUGUCGAUGGAGCAGUGCUAUAUCAAUCUUACCAUGGUAGAGCAGCCCGGUGAAAUAGAGAGUCGCUCAGGGGAAACAGAGGUCCAACUCUCUUCUCCGUUCUCACUUGCCGCUCGACUGAAAGUCGAGACACCAGGCAAGGAUCUUCAAGUCGACUUGCGGACAAUCUUCGAAAAGUGUGAGCGGCCAAGGUGGCGACCUAGGACAGAACCAAGGAGAAUCUUGAUUCGAGGUCGCGCCGGAGUUGGGAAGACAACUUUGUGCAAAAGGAUUGUCUAUGACUUUAUCUACCGUGGCAUGUGGAAGGACUUAUUCGACCGCAUACUUUGGGUGCCCUUGCGGAACCUGAAGAUAGAGCCCAAACAGGGAUACAAUCUCGGAGAUCUGCUUUUCCAGGAAUAUCUCUCUCAAAGCCCGACAGGUAAGGACCUCGCCCAUGAACUGUGGGCUGCAUUGGAAGCCACCAAGUACCGAAGAACUCUCUUUAUCCUCGAUGGCUUGGAUGAAGUUUCGGGGGAAUUGGAUGAAAGUAGGAAGGUUUUCCGUCUUCUCAAAUCUCUCUUAAAACAGCCCAACGUCAUUAUCACCACCCGUCCACAUGGAUCACUUCCUUAUUGGCUCAAAGGGACUUUCGACCUCGAGUUGGAAACCAUCGGAUUUUACCCGGAUCAAGUAAAGGACUACAUCAAAAAUGCCUUUACCAGUCCGGAAACCGGUGAAGCCGAUUCGAAAAAGGCCAACGGGGUCCAAUCAUUUAUCCAGAGGCAUCAACUGAUCCAGAGCCUUGUGCGGAUCCCGAUUCAACUAGAUGCCCUCUGUUUCACCUGGGAUGAUUUCGAUGGCGGAACUAUACCACAAACUAUGACUGCUAUUUACCAAGCCAUCGAGCAACGUUUGUGGAAGAAGGAUGCCGUGAGACUGGAGAAAAUUUCCCAGGCUCAAAUACAGGUCGCUCGUCCGAGAGAGAUCAGAAGCUUGGUCCAGGUUGAGAUCUACCUACUUGAAGUCCUCGCCUUCACCGGAAUGCACAACGACAUAGUAGAUUUUGGGCCAGAGCAUCGCGACGCUAUCUUCGAGCAUUUCAACCUUCCCGACACGGAUCUUUUCAUUGACGAAAUGCUCGGCCGGCUCUCUUUUCUACGGACGUCGGACCCUUCGUCAAAGGGCCGCAAUCAUAAUUACCAUUUUAUACAUCUGACAUUCCAAGAGUAUUUUGCGGCACGGUAUUUUGUGCGGCAGUGGAAAACUCGAGAACCGCUUACAUGUUUGAGGCUCAGCAGCGGAACGAAUGAGCAGGUCAACCCUGUCGAGUUUCUCGGGCGCCAUAAAUAUCACGCUCGCUACGAUAUCUUGUGGCGCUUUAUUACCGGCCUCCUUGAUGCUCUGGGAGAGACAGAGACGCUCCCUUUCUUCAAGGUGAUCGAUGAGAAGCCGCUCGAUAUUUUGGGUCCUACGCAUCAACGGCUUAUAAUACACUGCUUGAGCGAGGUUCGCCACCCAUUUCCACUUCGAAGGAAAAUUGAAGUCCAUCUAUCAGGAUGGUUACUAUUUCAAUGCAACAAGCUCCAGGGGCUGCAUGGUCCCUAUGUGUGGACCGACACUCUGGCAAGCGAGAUAGAGUUCCCCGAGCAAGCCAUAGCCGACGUCCUACAGAAAGAGGGGGACGAAGUGAGGAUUAUCGCUCUCGGGUCGAUGCAAUCGCGACACGGAAUUCCCCUUAAGGUCACGGAAAUUCUAACUUCGUGGCUUCAAGGAGAGAUAUCAGAUAAAUUGACAAGAUCUGUACUGCACUUAUUCCAAAGCUCGAGGGAUCAGUUACCGGACGAUGCUCUUAACGAGAUAGCAGCGCGGCUCGAGAAUCCAUAUCCGGACGUUAGAGCGGAUGCCAUUAACGCCCUAGGGAGUCAGUCGAACUUGCCGGAAGCGAUCCUUGACGAGAUAGCGGCGGGGCUCGAGGAUCAAGAUCGGGGCGUCAGUAUGGCUGCCGUUGGCGCACUGGGACGCCAGUCGAACUUAUCGGAAGUGACCCUCAACAAAAUAGCUCGACGGCUCGAGGAUCGAUAUCCAGACGUCAGAAGCAGUGCUAUUCACGCCCUAGGGAGCCAGUCGAACUUGCCGGAAGCGACUCUUGACCAAAUAGCGGCGCGGCUCGGGCAUCAUGAUUGGAAUGCCAGGAUGGCUGCCGUUAAGGCGCUAGGGCGCCUGUCGAACUUGUCGGAAGUGACCCUCAACAAAAUAGCUCCGCGACUCGAGGAUCAAGAUUGGGAAGUCAGAAUGGCUGCCGUUGUAGCCCUAGGGAGCCAGUCGAGCUUGCCAGAAGCGACCCUCAACCUGAUAGCGGCGCGUCUCGAGCAUCAAGCUUGGGGCGUCAGAAUGGCUGCCGUUUCGGUUCUAAGUCGCCAAUCGGACUUGCCGAAAGUGACCCUCAACCAGAUAGGGGCGCGACUCGAGCAUCAAGACCCAGACGUCAGAAGCGCUGCCAUUCACGCCUUCGGGAGUCAGUCAAACUUAUCGGAAGUAACACUCAACCAGAUAGCGGCGCGACUCGACGAUCAAGAUUCACGCGUCAGAUGCGUUGCUAUUGACGCCCUCAGGAGUCAGCCGAAUCCGCCAGAAGUGACUCUCGACCAGAUGGCGGCGCAACUCGAGAAUCGAUAUCCAGGCAUCAGGCGGGCUGCCAUUGACGCCCUAGGACGCCAGUCGAACUUACCGGAAGUGACCCUCAAUCAGAUAGCGGCGCGUCUGGAGGAUCAAGAUUCAGACGUCAGAAUGGCUGCCGUUGAAGUCCUUGGGCGCCAAUCGGACUUGCCGGAAGCGACCCUUAAUCAGAUGGCGGCGCGACUAGAGAAUCAAGACUCGGACGUCAGAAGCGCUGCCAUUGCUGCCCUAGGGAGUCAGUCAACCUUGCCGGAAGCGAUCCUUGACGAGAUAGCGGCGGGGCUCGAGGAUCAAGAUCGGGGCGUCAGAAUGGCUGUCGUUGUAGCCCUAAAGAGCCAGUCGAACUUAUCGGAAGUGACCCUCAACAAAAUAGCUCCGCGACUCGAGGAUCGAUAUCCAGGCAUCAGGCGGGCUGCCAUUGACGCCCUAGGACGCCAGUCGAACUUACCGGAAGUGACCCUCAAUCAGAUAGCGGCGCAUCUGGAGGAUCAAGAUUCGGACGUCAGAAUGGCUGCCGUUGACGCCCUGGGGCGCCAGUCGAACUUGUCGGAAGUGACCCUCAACAAAAUAGCUCCGCGACUCGAGGAUCGAUAUCCAGACGUCAGACGGGCUGCCAUUGACGCCAUGGGACGCCAGUCGAACUUGUCGGAAUUGACCCUCCACAAGAUAGCUCCGCGACUCGUGGAUCAAGACCCGGACGUCAGAAGCACUGCCAUUGCUGUCCUAGGGAGUCAGUCGAACAUGCCGGAAGCGACCCUUGACCAGAUAGCGGUGCAGCUUAAGGAUCGACAACCGAUCGACGCAUUCGCAGACCAGGUGACAUCUAUGCUAUUGGAACGUCGAGAUUUCCAUUCUGUUUGCCUCGUGGGAGACCAUGCCCAAGGACUAUAUCCCCUCCUGCUGAAACAAUCUUUCAAGAAACAUCUAGCUUGGUAUAUCCAGGAUAGCAACUCCUGCCUUGAAACAGCCAAUCGUCUCGGAAGAGUAGGAGUAUUUCAUGGACAAUCCACCUUGGAGGGUGCUAUAAAACGGGCGCAGGAGGACGCCGCCGUUCCUGCUAUAGUGGUCUCGCAUGCAGUCGAAGUGCCUGUUUAG